CGCCCUCCGUCCAAUCAGAAUCUAGUAGAGUUGGCUAAUUGUAAUAACUCCGCCUACUGGGUUCAUGUUUUCCGGUUGUUAAACUUGGACCCUCCUGCUUCUCUGAUACGCAACGCUUCUGUGCGAAGGCGGCACUUGUCAGAAAACAUCUGGUUUCUUCUGUGAAGAAAGCAGAACAUGGCCAAGGCAAAGAUUGUCGUUGUUGGUGCUGGUCUGAUCGGUUUAUCCACCGCUGUGUACAUUUCAGACUCCAUUACAAACUGCACUGUGUCUGUCAUGGCUGAUAGAUUUUCUCCUAACACGACCAGCGACGUUGCUGCAGGAAUGCUUAUCCCACAUCUUUAUCCAGGCACACCUGUUGAUCAGCAGAAGCAGUGGUUUAGGGAGACUUUUGACCAUCUGUUAUCCAUCUGUAAUUCCUCAGAGGCCUCAGAAGCUGGGAUUCACUUGGUAUCUGGCUGGCAAAUAUUUAAGGAUAUUCCUGAGGAGAAGAUGCCAUUCUGGUCUGAUGCAGUUCUGGCCUUUCGCUCAAUGACUGAAAAGGAGCUGAAGAAAUUUCCACAGCACAAAUAUGGUCAAGCUUUUACCACACUGAAAUGUGACUGCCCAUCGUAUUUAAUUUGGCUGGAGAAAAGGCUGAAAGAAAAUGGAGGCCAGGUGCAUGCAAGAAAAAUAGAAGAUCUUUGGGAGCUACACCGUGAUUUUGACAUUGUAGUAAACUGCUCAGGCAUUGGUUCCCGAAAACUUAUAGGAGACCUAGAGAUAUACCCCACCAGAGGGCAAGUUCUCAAGGUUCACGCUCCUUGGAUCAAGCACUUUAUUCGUGAUGGUGAUGGUUUGACCUACAUCUAUCCAGGGAUACACAAUGUAACAUUAGGUGGGAUAAGAGAAAAAGACAACUGGAAUUUGUCCCUGGAUCCCAUUGUCAGCAAAAGCAUAUUUGAUAGAUGUUCCGCACUUGAGCCUUCACUUCGGACAGCUGAGAAUAUAAAAGUGAGGGUGGGCCUGAGGCCGUCUCGGUCAGCUGUGAGAGUACAGAAGGAGGUACUGACUCACAAGCGUGAGAAGUUGCUGGUGGUUCACAAUUAUGGCCAUGGGGGAGGUGGUUUUUCAAUACACCAGGGUACUGCCAAGGAGGCAACUCAGCUGGUUAAGGAGUGCCUUGAAACCCUGGCAAUACCUGGGUGUAAAGCAAAGCUGUAAAUAGGAAAGAAACAUUUCUCUUUUGAUCCAGUAGUCUGGUAGAGCUAGGAUUUUGGGUGUGAUGUAAAAUCUGGAGGAAUGUCAUCCAGCUGAUUAUAUGUCAGUCACUUACCAUAUUUUUCGGAGUAUAAGACGCUCCAGGGUGUAAGACGCACCUUAUUUUGGGGGAAGGAAAAUAAGGGCCUAGCCUAAAUGGUUUUUAAUGAGAUUUUUAAAUUUUAUAGACUUGGGGUUUUAAAUUGGGAGGCCGAUUGAUUUAAUCUCUUUUAAUUAUCUUAACUUUUGUAUUGUAUGUAUUUUAAUUUUGGCUGUUCACCGCCCUGAGUCCCUUUUGGGAGAAGGGCGGUAUACAAAUUAAAUAAAAAUAAAAAAUAAAAAAAGGGGGGAAAAAUUCUGGUUGACAGGCUCUCCGUUUGAGAGGCUGUGUUUGCAGCCUCCAAAAGCUCCGUUUGCAAAAGAGCUUCUCUUUGUAAAGGCAGCCUCUCAAACAAACCUUUUGGAGGCUGUUAGAGAGGCUCUCUCUCAAACGGAGCCUCCAAAAGCUCCGUUUGAGAGGAUGUAAGGAGGCUGAAGGGUGGGGGCCGGCAGAUGGCCGGGGCUACAUUCAGUGUAUAAGAUGCACCCAAAUUUUCACCCUCCUUUAGGGGGAAAAAAGGUGCAUCUUAUACUCCAAAAAAUAUGGUACCAGGUACUUACCUUUACUACUGGUUCGCGAUGGAUCGUGCGUGCGGGUGAGCGAAGCGAGUGUGUUCACCUUGCUUCUGUGCAUGCGCAGAUCGCCGAUGACGACAUCCGGGGCAGUGGGUGGAGCCUCCCACCGGUUUUACUAUCGGUUCUUGCGAACCAGUCCAAACCAGGGGCAACCCACCACUGUACGGUACCUAAUUGCUCAGUGCUUGUGGUCCUCUUAGAAAAACAUAAGCACUAAGACCGAAGGGAAGAAGGACUACCUGCUAGACUUCCCUGAUCAGGAAGACCCUAGCUUAGAACUAGCAACCUUCAACUUCUUGCAGACAAUUCAUGGGAAUUAUCCCAAUUGUAUAUGGGAAGUGCACAAUAUGCUGUUGUGCAGUUCAACUGUGGAUAUGGAGGUGACUCUUCACUCCCAGUCUGGAAAUGCAGACUCUAGCCCAAUGGGGCUACUGGAAGCCCAUCAUUGCAAUAACUGUGGCUGUUAAUUCUGUGACGGCGUUCAUGGUUUUCUAUCAGUUUUGGUGGCACCUGGCUUCAAAGCCUAUGCAGACUUCAUAGUUCCUUCAUUACUCAAAACCAUUUAUCAAGACGUCCUUUUUACCCAUUAUAGGUAUAGCACUUUCACUUUUAGUUUCCCUGUUGUGAUUGGGCAAUGGGUUUUGGGUAUUGUUAUCUAAAGAAAAACCAGCUUUACCCCAUUUUAACCCAGAUUUGGGAAGCACUGGGUUAAAGUGUUGAAUUAGGAAUAGGGAGAACUAGUUUCAGCUCUACCCUUAAUCCUGGUAAUUCAUUAGGGAUUUUGGCUUGAUCAUGUUCAUUCCCAGCUCAGCCUAUCUUACUGGGGAAGAGGGGAGAAAUGAGUGUUAUGUAUGCUCCCAAGAGCUCUUGAAUGAAAGGAAGGAGAGAAAUCAAAGAAGUGAAUAAAUAUGAAGGGAGAUAAAAAGACUUCCCGCUGGACUGAAACUUUGCUGAAACAAGAUUGGUGCUAAUUUGUUGUCUACUUUUAAGUCUUUACUAAAUUUUGAGUGGAAAUUUUGAGUAGAUCGGAGAACCAGCAAAUAUCACCUCUGGCUGGCCCCAGAUUGGGGUGGGAAUGGAGAUUUUGCAGUAUCCUUCCCCUGCCACGCCCAUCAAGCCGCACCCAUAGAACCAAUAGUAAAAAAAUUUGAAUUCCACCACUGCCUCAAUCUCAACCAAAAGUUCACUCUUCCUGUGCCAUUGCUGGCUCUAGAUAAAAUUAUCUCCAACUCCUGUUAAUUGUCAAUAAAUAUGGCAAGAUGCCACAUGGAAAUUUGGGACCCUAUACUCAAAUACUGUUGGAUUAGCAGGCACCAGUUGGGAAAGCUGCUGAAGUUGACGUGGCUGAAGCCAUCUUGGAGUUCCAGUGCUGCCUCACUGAAGCAAGGGAUAGGGAGGGGGGAUUAGAGAUAGUUAGGGUUGUAUAGUCAAAAUAAAAUUCUUUCACCUGGGAACCAAGGAUGUUCUCACACCUGGCCGGAAGAAGGAGGAGUAAUAUCACCAGACCAGCGGACGCUGCUGUGAUUGGGCCACAUGACUGAUUGUUUGGGAUUGAGGGAAAAACUUUUACUUUUAAUUAGGUGAGAACCAAGGGGUCCUUCAGAGUUGGUUUUCACCAGACAUGUGUCAAUUUGAUAUUUCCAAUAAAGCUAUUCUUUGAGGAAUCCACCUGCCUUGGAGUUUUGCUUGAAAUGGAUCUGUUACUUGGAACCCUGACAGCUGCUUCACCAAUUCGAGUCAUCACCUGGUUGUGGAAGUCAUCAAGAGAUAGGCAUUAAAUCCAAAUAUGCUGAAUUAUCUUGCUGGCAUAUUCAAAAUGUUUUGUCGAAUUUCUAGGAGGGAGGAAAAUAGAGCAUGUAUAUGGCAAUUUGAGUUUUAUUACCAAAUAUUGUAUUUUAACAUUUAUACCUAAUUGACUGAAUUAGGAAAUUAGUUACAGUUUGCAUUUAGAAGUAUGCCAUGAUCUUUGUCAAGGCUUGGUAUCAGUGAAAUAAAAUGUACUUGUAGUGGC